GACUGCGGUAAGAGCUUCAAGAUGGUGAGACACCUGAAGAGACACUGGCGGUUGCACACAGGCGAGAAGCCCUAUGGCUGCUCCACCUGUGGCAAGAGCUUUGCCCGGUUGUCAGAGCUGCAGGAGCACCAGCGAGUGCACACGGGUGAGAAGCCCUAUAGCUGCUCCACCUGUGGUAAGAGCUUUGCCCGGUUGUCGGGGCUACGGCAGCACCGGCAGGUGCACAGCAGUGAGCGGCCCUUCAUCUGCUCCGACUGCGGAAAAGGCUUCAAGUCGUUGCCGGACCUGAAGGUGCACAGGCGCCUGCACACUGGAGAGCGGCCCUACACCUGCAACGACUGCGGCAAGGACUUCACCCAGUCUGGCAGCCUACUGGUGCACCAGCGCACCCACACCGGCGAGCGCCCCUACACCUGCGCCCAGUGCGGCAAGGGCUUCACCCGCUCCAGCAGCCUGCUGAAGCACCAGCGCACCCACACCGGCGAGCGCCCCUACACCUGUGCCCAGUGCGGCAAGGGCUUCACCCACUCCAGCAACCUGCUGGUGCACCAGCGCACCCACACCGGCGAGCGCCCCUACACCUGCGCCCAGUGCGGCAAGGGCUUCACCCAGUCCAGCACCCUGCUGGUGCACCAGCGCACCCACACCGGCGAGCGCCCCUACACCUGCACCCAGUGCGGCAAGGGCUUCACCCGCUCCACCAGGCUGCUGUCCCACCAGCGGGUGCACGCCGGCGACCGUCCCGUCCCCAGCCCGGUGUGUGGAGAGCACUUUGCCACGGCCUCCCACGCCCUGUCUCACCAGCACGUGCACACCAGUGGCCCUGCCCUACGACUGCCCGUACUGUGGUGAGACAUUUGACAGCUCGCGAGGGUUGCGGCACCACCGGCGGACCCACGCCGGCGAGCAGUUGCUCCCACUGUGACGAGAUCAUGGGGGCUGCAGGAGCACCAGCGGAUACCCUUUGUGUGCACUGAGUGUGGGCAAGGGUUUCACGCGCAUGUCCAGCCUGUGGCAGCUCUGGCGUUCCCACCGCGGUGAGCGUCCCUUCCCCUGCCCGUCCUGUGGUAAGGUCUUCACCCGCCUUGACCACCUGCUGGAGCACUGGCGAGUCCACACCGGCCAGUGCCCCUUCACCUGCCCACUCUGUGGCAAGGCCUUUGCCCGCUCCUCCAGCCUGCUGGCACGUGAAUAGGCGCUGUUUAGGUAAACACAAAAUGGUGUAAGGAAUGGGUAAUGUUUUGGGUCAUUUCUUCAGUCACCCAUUUCUUCUUUCCAAGGAUGCCUGUCCCGCUGAGUUACUCCAGCACUUUGUGUCCUUUUUUGUAAAGCAGCAUCUGCAGUUCCUUGUUUUUAAACCAUUCUGGUUAACCAUCUCUGCACCUUCCCCAAAGCCUCCACAUCAGUCUUGUAAUGGAGUGACCAGAACUGUAUGCAAUACUCCAAAUGCUCCCUGACCAAUGUUGCUUAAAGCUGCACAUAUACAUUCCUCUCUCUCCCCUCUCCCCACACUUUCCCCCCACUCGUACAGAAAUUCUCUCCACUUCACCCUCUCGUGCCCCCCUCCCUCUCUCACACACUCCCUCUCUCGCUCCCUGUCACUCUCACACACUCCCUCGACACCCCUUCCCUCCGGUGCCUCUCCCAGGCAGAAAGAAAUAGCUUCCUCCCCUCUCCACGUCUCCUCUGUCCCUCUCCCACACACCCUCUCUGUCCUUCUCUCUCACACACACACACUCUCUCUCUCUGACACACGCACCCCUCUCUUGCUGUCUUUCACACACCCUCUCUCUUGCUAUUGCGCACACACCCUCUCUCUUGUUCUCUCACACACACACAAACGCCCCCUCUCUCUCACUCUCACACACAUUCCCUCUCUCUCUCACACACAAACACACCCUCUCGCUCUCUCACAUACA